AUGCUUGAUAAUCCAAAAAUAUAACUAAAAACAGAACUAACAUUACUAGGAAUGGAAUACUUAAUCAAUAUUCAAGCUAAUGAUCAUUUACUUUAUAUAGAAUUAGAAUCGAAAUAUGCACCCUAAAUCUGGAAAAAUACUUACACUAUUGAUUAUAUUGAAGAGCUUACUCGUAAAACAGGAAAUCAGAAAAAAUUCAAUGUAUUUCUUUCCAUGUUAUAAACUGCAAUAUAAAAAACCAAUGAAAAUAUAUUUUUUGAAAUUUUGACAUACCAAGAUCUAGAGAAUCUCAAAUAAUAGAAAUAAUAAAAUUAAAGUCAUAUUUCUAGAACGUCAUCAACGAAUUCAAAAAUCAAUAAAAGAUAUCUCAUCUUGUCAUAUAAGAAUGAUUUAGAAAAGGUUCAUUAUCCUUUAGCCUUAAAUUAUGAAGAACAUAUUGAAAACUCAAGAUUAAUGACUAAAAUCUAGAAUCUAAAAACCGAAUUAUUAGAGCAUAAAUCAUAAAAAUAGAAUGACUCAGAAUUUUAAGUUUCGAAUUUAAUUUCCAUUAGUAAAAGGGAUAAUUAAACAUUCGAUUCCUUAGUGAAUUAAAAUGAAUUAUUGAAAGCAAAGGCCAAGAGAUUGGAAGAGGCUUUGACCCAAAAAAAAGGGGCAGUUGAAGUGGAUUAAUUGAUUAGAGAUAAUGAGGACUUAUAAAAUUUGUUAAAUACAUCCAAAUUGUUAUAUGAAGAGAAGAUCUAGAAGUUAGAACAAUAGAUAGAUUUGAAAAGUACAGAAAUCGUUCUGUAAAUGUCUGAAAUAAAUGCAUUUAAGAAAGAGUUAUCUAGAUUGAUUGGCUAAGUAGAGAUGGAUAAUCAUAUCAAAGAGAAAAUCAAACUUAUGAAUGAGGAUGAGGAAAGUAAAUUGGUAAAAGCAUAGAAAACUAUUCAAAAAUAUGAAAAAGAAGUGGAAGCUCUUAUAUAAUAAAUAGAUUCAUUAAAGAAAUAAGAUGCAGUACAAAAGAGAAAAAUAAAUUAAUUGGAGACCGAACUAUCUUAGUCAAUGAAAAGGUUUAGUUACAAAGGAGUUACUGACAGACUUUAUUCUUCAUAUAGUAACCACUCUAAUGCUAGCAAAAAAUCGAAUUACUCAGUUCCGAAAAGAGAGAAUUCAAAUAAUUCAUCUAGAAAUGCAUCUCCAAAUGUAAGGCAGACUUCUCCAAUUUUAAAUAAGAAUUCACAUUCUUCUGUUUAAAAUUCAUCUGCAAAUCAAAGACCUAAGUUUUAUAACACUUCUCCAAUGAAUAAACAGCCAAUUUAGAAGAAAUCAUCUCCAGCUAGACCCCAACAAUAGAUUAAGCCUAAUCCUAUUAGGACAUCUCCAAUAACUUAAUAGAAACCAUCUCCUGGCAGAAACAAUAUCUUUAAAUAGCCUUCUCCUCCAAGAUAAUAUAAUUAACAACAUAGAGUUUCUCAAUUAUAGUAGACUAAAUAAAGGACAAAUUAAUCUGCUAAUAAUUAUAAGUAACCUAUCAAAUAGGUACACCAAUAUGAUUGGAAGUCAGGGAAUGUAACAGAACUUGACAAUAAAAUAAAUAAUUUAAAAAAUAUAUUGUCGAAAGCUAAAAGGUGA